AUGUCCCGGGCGCGGGGCAGCCCCGGAAACGGGGGCGCGGGGGCGGCGGCGGCCACGGCGCGACCUCUCACCCGGCGGCGGAAGUGGCGGGAGAGCGCGCGCGGGCGCGCGCGCGCGCGCGCGGCGGGAGCGCGCCCGGGCGGCGCCACUGCCUCUAGCGGGGGUGUGGGAGAUGACUGCGGGAUCCGUGGCAAUGUCUUCUUGGAGAGGGUGGGCACAGAGAGAAUUGAGGCUGAUACAGGCUGCCCGGAGCGGCCGCUGCCGUUGGCCGAGGCGCGGAGUCCCCGCCCGGGCGCUCCGCCCGCCGCCCCCCCGGCGGCCGAUAAAAACCCCGAGGCAGAGGCAGGGCAGCUUCCCCGGCCCCUCCGCCGCUCAGGUGACCCAGGCACAGGUGAGCCCCGCAGGUGCGGAGGCGGCUCGGGGGGACGCUGCGAGGGGCUCCUCGGCCACCUGUGGAGCCGGUCCCGCCUCUGCCGGGCGGCUCCGCCGGCGCAGGGACCCCGCGGCUGCGGGGAGCGCUCGGGGGAAGGGGCGCCGCUCUCCCCCGGCCCUGGGGGCAGCCGGGGCGGGCGGGCCGGGGCGAUCCGGGGAGAACCCGACCGGAUCCCGGCGGAGGGGCCGCGGAUCAGCACCACGGACAGCGCCCGGCGGCGCCUCCCAGGCGGGGCUGCGCCGGGACACGAGCCCGGCACCGGGAACCGGCGGGCGCGGGCAGGAUUCUCCCGGGACAUCACCGCCCAUCCAGAGCCACCGAGGCGGCGCUGGAUGUUCGCUGGGGCCGGGAGAACCGAAGAACCGAUCUCUCGAAGGAUCCCGGCUGGCAGCAGUAUCACCAUCUGACUGAAGAGAACUCAGCCACACGCAUAAUCCUCGGGAAAAUUCAUCUCCACCCUCCCGCAGACCCCGGUGAGAGCCCUUGAAGUGGUAAUUAAAGUCUAUUGAGUGGCAACUGCACCUGUUUGGAGAG